CCGCGUUUGCAUUGUGCGUGGAUGUGCUGUUCGCCGUCGGCCGGGGAUCGCUGUACCAGGUUAGGAAUUAUGUGUUGCUGAAUGAAACAGAAGGGAGAUACGCACGCAGGCACGCUUCGCAAGUUAUAAUCUUACUUUUGAUGAUUUUCGCUUGCCUGCAAACUGCUAAGCGCAUCAAGGAAGUGGCUGUGGAUAAAGUUUAGAGAAGUUUGCCAAGUCAAAGCGGCGCAUUCUAUCAAGGAAGAUCAUUUUCUGGAAGAAAAACUAAACGAAAUCAAAAAGAAAAAUGCCAAUCUCCGAUUUCCGCAAGAAGAAGCUGCUGUACGUCUUCAACGUCUUCUUUGAUGUUAAUCAAAGCGGUACCAUUGACCGCAAAGAUUUUGAACUGGCCAUUGAGAAAAUUUGUACCCUGCGUGGUUGGAGCGCUGGAAGUCCGCAAUAUGCGAAGACUUUUGAGAGCAUGAUUCAAAUCUGGGAUGGGCUUAGGCAACGCGCUGAUUCCAACAAAGACGGACAGGUAAGCGUUGAGGAAUGGUCCUCCAUGUGGGAUGAAUACGCGAGGAACCCGGAAAACGCUCUGGACUGGCAAACGCAGUACUUGCGCUUCAUGUUUGAUCUCGAGGAUGCCAGCGGCGAUGGCAGCAUUGAUAUGGAUGAGUUUACCAGUGUCUGUUCUUGUUACGGACUGCAAAUUGCCGAGUGCAAGGAUGCGUUCCACAAGAUGGCGCAGGGCAAGAGCGAAGUGAAUUACGAGCAGUUUGUCGAAUUGUGGAAGCAGUUCUUCAUGACGGAGGACCCCAGCGAGCCGGGCAACUUCAUCUUUGGCAAAACCUCCUUCUAACCGAGAUAAGCCCACAGCGCAUCUUAAAGCCACCAAAAACAUAAUUUAUCUUCUCUAGAACAAAAUAAACAGAACUCUCUUCGACGAAAAAAAUCAGAAAAAAAUACAAAAAAAUCCCUCUCUUCAAUAGUUUACGAAUGACAACUAAAUACUAAAUCAAUGUUCUUUGCAUAUCUAAUUUGACAUAUGAGCGGAGUGUGCACAAAAUUGGCUGACCUCCGCAACACUUUCUUCCGAAGUAUUUCAAGAGAUUUUUUCGAAAUAAACGUAACGCGUAGCUGAAACUAUUAACGAAUUAUUAUAAACGAAAUGUAAACGAUGAAAGACAUAUUACUUAUGUAGUUUGCUCCUAUCUCUUGUCUCGUGCAUUGCGCAUACGAUUGUAUUGAAAUAUAUCAACUAUUACAAGGAAACAAAAUUGAUAAAACGUAAAAAAUGCAAAAUGAAAUAAAUAAUAAUACUAAAUAGUUUUCUCGUUAUGCUGUAUGAAUAUUUACACAUAUCUCGUUGGCGACAAUGCUUUUCAUCGCAUUGUCCGAUUUUCGUAGAUAUUUUAUAAAGAAAGCAACCUCCAUCUGAAGCAAAGCCGUUGGAAAAAGUUUCAUCUAAAGAAACUAUUUAAAACCUGCAACAUAAUGUUGUAAAGCGUCUAAUUCACACGGAUUUGCAUCCAGAUGUGCGAGUUUGUUUUAUUGUAACCUAUGUUAAGCAAACAAAAAACUUUAAUGCAAAAAUGUUCGUCAUGUGAUGUCUUGUGGUGGUGUUGUGUCUGAAAAAUAAAGAUUUAUGUGAAAAA